AUGCCGUGUUACGUUGAUACGAUUGUUAAAAUUAAUCAAGUUCGUCAGUCAGAUAAAGAAGAAUCGAAGUUAACCGUUGUGUGGAGAAUAGGCACUUAUCCUGUUGAGAGUGAAAAUUGCGAUAUGGAGAUGGUUUUGUUUGUUCCAAUUAAUGAAUUUGAAAGAGAUUGUAAUAUGCAGUCUGUUUUCGAAAAAAAUGAAUAUUACAGUGUAGGCGGGAAAGUUGUACCCGGAAGUUAUAACGGCAAAUUAAGAUUAAAAAUGACUGUUGCAUCAUCGACUCACCUUACGAUUAAAAGGGAUCCUGGUUCGAAUAGGUGCCCACUAAAGGUUUCAUUAGUUGGUGUUGCUCAAGAUACAGCGAAAGAGGUUAAUGAUGAAAAUGCAAUUGUCAGAGUAUUAGUGAAAGAUUAUGUUGGGCAGAGUAAUAGUUUUAUUGUUAAUAUUGUAUUUCCGUACACCAAUAGCCGGUUUAAGCACUUGAUGAAUUCUCUUCGGCCGAACGAAUCUGUUCUUUUUGUUAUAGGUCAGAUGGAAAAAAAAGACUCAAGUAGUUCCCAAACUACGCCUGGAUUAUACAAAUCAGUUCGGUCAAGACUUUUAAAUGCUCAUCAAAGUGUUAGCGAAAAUUUGUCUAAAGAAUCUCCAGUCAAAAAUUCCACUAAUGACGGAGAAUUGAACCAAUCCACAAUCGGUUCAUCUAUUUCUAAACUUCAUUCAUCUAAACGUGUAAGGGUGGAAGAUGAAGAUUCUGAACAUGGAAAUAUUACCAGUGAAGGCAAAAAAAAGGUGAGUAAUUGUGCAAAAGCGAUUAAGGGGGAAAAACGUUUUUCUGUAGUUCAUAAUACAAGAAAAAGAGCUGGGUUGUUUAAAAGUGAGGAUGCGGAGUAG